AAUCAAUAUCUAACACAUAAUAAAUCAUGUAAUGGGUUAGAGAUUUUUUAAAAUUCUAUAUCCUUAACUGAGAAUACUUUACUACAGUAUUAUUCCAUAAUGCUUUUUAACUCGUGCCUUGCUCCUAACUUUCUCUCUGUCUCUCUCUCUCUCCUCUUAUAAAUAUGCACUCUUACAAUCCAAAAUUCACAUCCCAUUCUUGUUUUUAUCACCUUUGUUGCUUCUAAACUUUCAAUAUGGAAGCUCAUAGUUUCUCCAGCAGGAUUACCAUCGACUCCCUAUCAUCUCAAAUACCAAAAGUGUUGAAUUCCCAGUCUUCAUCAUCCUCAUCAAGAUCCUCCAAACCCACUAACACCACCCAGGUUUUCAAUUUUCUUGAUGAUUUUUCUCUUGUAGAGACUGCUUUAUCAUCCUACUACUAUCUUGUAGACACACCAUCACCUUUCUUAUCCAUGUCCUCCUCAUCCAUAUAUGAUCUUUCUUUACAAGAUGAAUCUGACGAAAAGGUUGCCAUGGAUGCAAACGAUGAGCUUGUCAAGCCUUCAUCUCUAAAAAGUGGAAGGGUGGCCGUGGGGAAAGGUUUGGAACCAUUGAAGGAUUCAACAGGAAGGUUGUAUCCUCCACCGAUUACUUGCUUGAAACUGUUCAAGACUGGCAAGCCCUAUACUUACCUUACUUUUAAAGAGGAUGAUGGUAGCUUUGUUUUUGAAAAUAUCAAGAUCCCUAAUCGAGAUAUCUUACAUGCUUCCAGAGCAGAAGGGCGGCUGAAGCUCUACUUUGAUACUUCAGCGGAUGAGUUUUAGGAAAUGGAUGAGGAUGAAUGAGAAAGUAUCGGAGAAAAAUAAAUUAGCUUUUCGUGUCUUCAUAGUUUAAGUUCAAGAAAUUUAUGGUGUUUUCUUGAGCAAAUCUUGUUUGUUUGUUUCUGUUUUUUUUGUGUGUGUGUGUGGCUGCCAGCGUGUCUUGAGUGACUUUGCUUCUGUUUGUUUAUCAUGCAAUGAAGUUGAUUCCAAGAAACAAUGGCAAUCUUUGAAUUCUCUUUCUUUUA